ACGCGGCCUGACAGAUCUGGAAUCGCCCUACAACCUGAGUAUCGGUGGAAGUCGAGAUACAAUCUGGUCGUUUUGCUUUCAAAGAGCCAGAACGAUCUAGCACUUGGUGCUGAUACACUGUUCUUGGCCGUCAACAUCCUGGACAGAUACAGCUCAAAAAGAAUCGUCAAGAAAUGUCAUUGUAAACUCCUCGGUGGUGUCGCUCUUCUCUUGGCAAGCAAGUAUCUUAACCGCUUGUCCACCGCGUCGAGCUUUCGCGAGAGGUGUUGUCUAUUUUCUGGCUAUGAGUUGCAAGAUAUCACACAGAUGGAAAAGAUGGUGCUUCUAACACUGGACUAUCUAGUCGGCUUUCCCGCAGUCAUUGGAUUCAUGCAGAUUGAGCUGCUCAAUUUCCAACAGUCGAAGCCUCUCUAUGACAUGGUGCUCUACAUUUGCGAGCUCACGCUUUGUUAUUCGGAGUUUGUGUCGAAACCAGCAGCACUCAUAGCCAAAGCAGCAGUAGAUAUCGCCAGUAGGCUGAUUGGUAGACCA